AAUGAUUUAUACUUUUUUUUUAAAAAAAAAAAUGAUUUUUUUCAAAAAUGAUUUUUUUACUGAUCACUUUUACUCUCGUUUCAAUUAUAUAUAUCCCACUAUAUAUCCCACAAAAUAAUUAUCUCUCUCCCAAAUCAAUUAUAUAUCUCUCAAAAAAUUCUUUCGAAUAAAAAUGACCAUAGAUAAUAGAACACUUGAAACUAUAUUUUUUGAAGUUGAGGCUAUUAUCGAUCAUAAAACAAAAUCAAAUGGAGGUAUGGAAUAUUUGCUUAAAUGGAAGGAUUUUGGUGAUGAAGAGAAUAGUUGGAUCGAUGAGGAAGACACAAACGCACCAUCAUUGAUCAGAAAUUAUUGGAUAAAUAAGAAAAAUAUCGUUAAACGCAGAGGUCGCCCUCGUAAAAAUAGUGCCAAUCGAAAUCGUAGAGGUCGUAAAUCUCUUAAGAAAAAUAAUGUUAAUAAAAAGCAAGAACUUGAUUUAACCAUUAUUAAAGAAACAAAUGGCUCGAAUGAUGAUAAUAAUACCGUUGUCAGUGAUAGUGACGUUUCCACGAAUGAUUCCAAUGAAAUCACUAUUGAUAUUCCCCAAUGGUUACAACCUGCUAGUGAAGAAAUUGAAAGGACAAAUCAGUAUUUUGCACUAUAUACUCACAAUAAUUGGGAAAAUCAUGCGACUAUUUUGAAUGUUGUACGUGAGACCGAGAAUGAUUCUGAUGAUGUUUUUGUUCAAAUAAAAUGGCCUGAUGGAACAGAUAGCUAUCAUAUUUCGAGUGAAGUAUAUCAAAAAUGUCCAUUAAAGUUGAUCCAAUUUUACGAACAACAUCUCGUGAUUAAAAAUUAAUAAUUUACCUCUUUUUGGAAAGUCACUAUCCAGAAAUUCAUUCUUGAUUCUUUUGUAUCCUUAUGUAUAAAAUUUAAUGCGUUAAAAAAUAUGUAUAAUUAGAAAUCGUUUAGAACAUUCGAUGAAUUGCAGCAUCAAAGCUACUUUCUUACCUGUACCAUAAUAACUUGCAAUUAUUGAUUUUUUUUUUGUUGUCAUUUAUAUUUUUAACUAUAAUACAUUUGUCACAAGCUACUUACCUGUACUAUAAUAACUUGCAAUUAUUGAUU